AGCUCCUGUAGGUGAAGAAACACUCCAGCUCUCUCGCUUAACUGUGGGAGUCAGUUCAGACAACAUGGGUUGUCUAUACCUUCAUUCAGAUAGUUUUGCACUGUGCCUUGACUGCUUUGACUGAGCAAUAAAGAAGGGAAGGUGAAAGAAGGAAAGAGACGAGAGAGAGAGAGAGAGAGAGAAAGAGAAGAGGGAAAGUGACCAUGUUUGUGUAGAGGGAUCAGACAACAGUCCAACCUGAGAGUAAGAAUGAGCUUCCUGCUGUUAAUUAGAAAACCUGUCACAGGACUUCUCUGGAACUGCUUCUUGCUGCAGUCAGUUUUUGGAAGUCUAACCACUGACAAUGGGAUCCAUUCCAGUUUCAUCCAUGGGCGCCUAAAGAGCCAGGAGAAGCGGGAAAUGCAGAGAGAAAUCCUCUCAAUCCUAGGUCUGCCUCACCGCCCCAGGCCCCACUUGCAUGGCAAGCACAACUCGGCCCCCAUGUUCAUGCUGGACCUCUACAACUCCAUGUUGAUGGAGGAGGCAGGGGGAUAUUCGUAUCCGUACAGGGCGCUCUUCACCACCCAGGGACCUCCGCUGGCCAGGCUACACGACAGCACCUUCCUCAGUGAUGCCGACAUGGUCAUGAGCUUCGUCAACCUGGUGGAAUAUGACAAGGAAAUUUUCCACCAGCGGCGACAUCACAGAGAGUUCAGGUUUGACCUCUCAAAGAUCCCAGAAGGGGAGGCAGUGACAGCUGCAGAAUUCCGAAUCUAUAAGGACUAUACCAGGGAACGUUUUGAAAACGAGACUUUCCACAUAACAAUUUACCAGGUUCUGGAAGAAAACACAGAGAGUGAGUCCGACUUGUUUCCCCUGGACUCUAGGACCAUCUGGGCUGCAGAGGAAGGGUGGUUGGUAUUUGAUAUUACAGCCACAAGUAAUCAUUGGGUCGUGAAUCCAAACAAUAACCUGGGGCUUCAGCUCUUUGUGCAGACAACCACUGGGCAGAGUGUCAAUCCCAAGAUAGCUGGUCUGGUAGGGAGACUAGGGCCUCAGACUAAACAACCAUUCAUGGUGGCCUUCUUCAAAGCCACUGAGGUUCACAUCCGCAGUGCACGAUCAGCAAGUGGUAAACAGAAGAACCAGGGACAUUCUCGGUCUUCUAAGAGUCAGGAAUCUUUCAGAGCAACCAGCUUGACAGAGAACGGUAGCAGUGACCAACGGCAAGCCUGCAUGAAGCAUGAGCUGUAUGUCAGCUUUCGUGACCUAGGAUGGCAGGACUGGAUCAUAGCUCCUGAGGGAUAUGCUGCAUACUAUUGUGAGGGAGAAUGCUCAUUCCCACUGAACUCAUACAUGAAUGCUACGAAUCAUGCAAUUGUUCAAACUCUGGUUCAUUUAAUAAACCCAGAAAAUGUCCCAAAGCCAUGCUGUGCUCCCACACAGCUCAAUGCCAUAUCUGUUCUUUACUUUGAUGACAGCUCAAACGUUAUCUUGAAAAAGUACAGGAAUAUGGUGGUCAGAGCGUGUGGCUGUCAUUAGCCUCAACCACAAAGAAUCUCCAUCUAUUGGAUGUUGAGAAGACUGCCAAUCGUGGAUCCCUCGUGACAUGUCAACUUCUCUAAUGAUCUGAGGUUGUUUAAAAGGAAAUUUUAACUGUAAAUUGAAUUAUUUUUAACGAUUUUUAUUUUUUAAGGUUGACUGUACAUUGUCUUUCUUUAAUUAGAGCAAGAAUGGCAAAGUUUCUGAGUAUGAAUGGCCUCCUAAAGGAUUAGACAACUCAGAAUUAUAAGAAGUAUUUGGUGGUAGAUUGUAAUUUUUAGCGGAGAGAGGAUUUUUUCCGGAUAGUUGAUUUAUUCCUCUUUGUUAUUUAAUAAGCAGGAAAACAAACCCAAUUACAAUGCCUAAAGAUCAAUAUAACUGGAUAUUUCUGGGUUAAUAGUUAAUUGUGACCCAUAACUUCACUGGAAGCUCAGCAGUUCGACAACUGAUUUCAUGGAAAAUUCUGGAAUUAUGGUUCAAAAAAAACUUUGCCACAAAAAGAAAUAUUUUCUUACUAACCAUGAAAAAAUGAUUAUUUUCUUAAGCUAGGAAUACAGAAAGCAGCAAUUGCCUUGAAUAUUAAAUAUGUAGGUACUGAAUUUAGGGGCUGAGAGGGAGGCUAGUUUGAUUGUGAGUUUAUGUUGAGUUAACUGAUAUUAAUAGGGAGGUGAUGGACUCUAAAUUUGAUCUUAGCACAUCUUGGAGGUGGGUGCAAGGGUUCGGCAGCAGGAAAGGGUGAUGCAGAGGUUGAAGGACAAAUAGCAGGACUCUCACUGGUUAGUUUGUUCAAAGGAUCUCAUUGCAAAAUGCGGAUCUCAGUUAUGUUGGCAGUGGUCAGAUAGCUGAGACAGUUAAUAUUUUUGCCACAUAUUAACAGGAAUGGAUCUAAAGUAUUAGAUCAGUCUCUGCAGCAAGGGUCAGUGGCCAGGACAGAGGUCUGCGGAACUAUAAACCUCACAGUUUGGGUGGUAACCUGGCACAGUAGAUAACACUCAGGACAUGAGGUUGAAAAUGCCACACAGCAGCUGCAGUUAUGAAAACUGGAAAUGCACAUAUGAAAGUUGACUGUUUUGUUUCUUUGAUUAAGGUUAAAGAACAGCACUGCAAAUGAAGAGAUAUUUACAGAAGUGUGAAGCCUGCAACAUUCAUUUGCAGGUCACCUGAGGUUUCUUAGUUCCUUGUGGAGUAUAGUGUACAGCUCUGGUCUUCAUAUUAUAAGAAUAUAGCAGUACUAGAUAAGAUAUGCAAAUGUUACACAAGGAUGAUGCUAGCACAGAGGAGGAUAUACUUAUUAAGAAAGGCUGAAAAGGCUCAAAUUCAUGUCUCCAGAGAAAGAGGCUCAAAGUCUUUGAAAGUUUACAGGGAUUUGAUAAGGUAGACAUAAAGGAAAUGUUUCCACAUGUGGUCUCAACCGAAGCCAUACAAAUAAGACAAUCAUCAAUAAAAUCAAAAGGAGAAUUAAGGAGAAACAUCUUUAUGUGGAACUUGCUCAGGCAAAUUGCAUAAACACAUUUAACGAGAAGCUAUAUCAACAAAUGAGGGAGAGAGAAAUAGAGUUAUGCUGAUAGAAGAAGACAUAAGGGAGGAGGAUGCAGAACAAAAUGUACAAACCAGUUGGGCCAAAUGGCCUGUUUCUGUGCUGAAUCCUCUAUGUAAUCGGAAACACGCAUAAAGGUCAUAUUUAUGAUUUACUACACAAGGAGUAAAGCAAGUCUCUACAUUCCUCUGUCCUGUCCAAUAAAUUGCAAUUCAGAAACCUAGCAUUGUAUUACAUUCUCACCUUCUAGCAAGUUCAUGGGUAGCAAGCCAUUGAUCCUAUUCAAUCAAUAUUCAAAAUAAAACAAAACCUGUGCCUUGGAUUACCCACAACAAUCUGAAGCUGUCCAUUAUGAAUGCUAAUGGAAAAAGGACAGCUUGCAUUUACACAGCACCUUUAAUAAUAUAAAACUCUCAAGGUCCUUCAUAGAAGUAUAAUCAAAUGAAAUGGCACUCAGGAGAUAUUAGGAAAGAUGAGCAAAAUCUGUUCAAAGAGGUAGGUGUUGGGGUACAUUCUGAAGUAGGAGAUAAAAGUAAAGAACUAGAGUGGUACAGGGAAUAAAUUCCUGAGCUAAAGCCUUAAACAUAUGAAGAUUGAGAUGGCAAGAUUUAUGAUUAAAGUAGGGAUGAGCAAGAGGCCAGAACUGGACAGGCACAGGAUUGGAGGUCUGGAGGAGAUCACAGACAUUGGAGGUGGGGGAGGCCAUGGAGGGAUUUAGAAACAAAAUUGUAUUUCAAAACUGAGGUACUGCCAGGUUGUGGUAUUCUUACUCCAGCCUUUACCUUGGAUCCCCAAAAUAAUAUAAACCACUUCAAUUACUGAUUAGGGAUUUACACUAAGACUACAGGCCUGAAAACAUUGAGACUGUAUAUAUCCUUUAAAUUAGAUUAUGAUGAGAUGGAGUUUGAGAUCAAACUUUCACAAUGUAUACAAGAUCCAGUUCAUACUGCUCUUCAAAAAUCAUUUACCUACUAAGAUAUGAUUGCUUCCAGAUUUUCAUUUUCAUCAUGAAUCUGGAAAUAGCUCUACCAAGUUGCUGUUACACAAGCCUGUUCUGAAUAAAGCAAUCAUCCAAUCUUCAUGUUUUUUUAAAGUUAAUUCAAGAUCUAUAUUUUCAGUAACAUUUUUUAAGGUCCUGUUUUUCAUUUCUGACUCAUCUUGUUCAGUAAUCUCUCACAGAUCAGGUAGCCCUGCUAUUUCCUUGCAAUGGUACGGGUGCCACAAAUGACUAACACACACCUUUGAACUUGUAUUUACUGACUGGGAACUGCAUCAUUAAAAAAAAGGCAUAGUUGUGCAUUAUCUCUAAAUAGCAACAAGGAAUUUUACAGAAUACCACGAGUGUUUCUCAAAUAAUGGAAUAGCGUGCCUAUGCAUAUAUUGUAUCUUGUCACUGCACAGGUGGCACAGUGGCUCAGUGGUGAGCACUGCUGCCUCAAAGUACCAAGAACCCUGGUUUGAUUCAACCCUCGGGCAACUCUGUGUGGAGUUUGCACAUUCUCCCCAUGACUAUGUGGAUUUCCUCCAGGUGUUCUGGUUUCCUCCCACAGUCCAAAGAUUUGCAGCCUAGGUGGAUUAGCCAUGCUAAAUUGCCCAUAGUGUUCAGGGAUGUGUAGAUUAGGUGCAU